AUGUCGGAAGACAAUCAAAAGCAGUCGCCCUGCAGCAUGAGUGAAAUAGGUACGAUUUCAAAAAUUGUUAAAAGCGCCAACGAACAGAAGGACGAAAGCUCUUCGGAAGCAAGCUCGGCAGCACCAGGUGAUGAUAGCAGAGAGAUGCACAAUGAAGACUCGGCUUCGCGACAGCAAAUUGCUUCCGAUGAAGAGUUGUCUUUUGCAAAGGAUGAUGGUCCAGCUUAUGUUGCCGUGCGCGAUACAAAUGAUCAUGAUGGUUGUGACGCUAGCUCGAUGGUCACAUUUGACAGCGAGCGCACAGGCGCUCAUGACAUGCGUCAAGAUCCCAUCGAGAAUAGAAGCCUUGGUGCCAAAAGCAUGAUGAUUGCCACCAGAAGCAUGACCCAUGAGACAAUCCAAGAAGUGCCAGACACUGUUAGAGAUUCAUCCAAGGAACAGAAGGACGGUGGCUAUUCUGAAGCAAGCUCUGCAGCACCAGAUGAUGAUUGCAGAGGGGCGCACAACAAUGAAGACCCAGCUUCACGACAACAAGUUGCUCCAGAUGACGAACUGUCUUUUGGAAUGGAAGGCGGUCGACCAUAUGUGCGACCGUCAAAAGAGGAACAAAUCCGUUUCAAUGAUGAACUGAGUCAACUAUUAAAGGAAACGAGUUCGGGCAUGGGUUGGACGGACCCAGAGGUGGCCAAGAUUUGCAACACAAUGACAAGCCAGAAAUUUGAUGAAGAACAAAGACGUUUAUGGGAUGAACUUGGACACCAAUUGCAGGCAAAGGGCUUGAUGGACUCGGAUGUAGCUUUGCAAUACAGCAAUAUUGCAAUGCACUUUCUUGUUGAAGGAAGACUCGAGGAAGCCAUGGAACUUUUUCAACAGACGCUGAACAUUGAGAGGGAGGUCUUUCAAUGUGACAAUCAUCUGACGAUGGCAGCAACGUAUCAUUGCAUUGGAAUCGUCUUUCAAAAUCAAGGCAACUACGAGGACGCCUUGAAGCAAUACCAACGGGUGCUUGAGAUCUACGUGAAGGCACUUGGACCAGAACAUCCUGACACUGCUUCAACAUAUAAUAACAUGGGAGUUGUCUUUCAAAAUCAAGGCAAACAUGAGGACGCCUUGAAGCAAUACCAACGGGCGCUUGAGAUCUACGUGAAGGCACUUGGACCAGAACAUCCGCACACUGCUUCAACAUAUCAUAACAUGGGAAACGUCUUUCAAGAUCAAGGCAAAAACGAGGAUGCCUUGGAGCAAUACCAACGGGCGCUUGAGAUCUACGUGAAGGCACUUGGACCAGAACAUCCGCACACUGCUUCAACAUAUAAUAACAUUGGAAACGUCUUUCAAAAUCAAGGCAAAUACAAGGACGCCUUGGAGCAAUACCAAUGGGCGCUUGAGAUCCGAGUGAAGGCACUUGGACCAGAACAUCCUGACACUGCUUCAACAUACAAUAACAUGGGAACUGUCUUUGGAAAACAAGGCAAAUACGAGGACGCCUUGGAGCAAUACCAACGGGCGCUUGAGAUCCGAGUGAAGGCACUUGGACCAGAGCAUCCUGACACUGCUUCAACAUAUAAUAACAUUGGAGCUGUCUUUCAAAGUCAAGGCAAAUAUGAGGAUGCCUUGGAGCAAUACCAACGGGCGCUUGAGAUCCGAGUGAAGGCACUUGGACCAGAACAUCCGCACACUGCUUCAACAUAUAAUAACAUGGGAAUGGUCUUUCAAAAUCAAGGCAAAUACAAGGACGCCUUGGAGCAAUACCAAUGGGCGCUUGAGAUCUACGUGAAGGCACUUGGACCAGAACAUCCUGACACUGCUUCAACAUAUAAUAACAUUGGAAACGUCUUUCAAAAUCAAGGCAAAUAUGAGGAUUCCUUGGAGCAAUACCAACGGGCGCUUGAGAUCUACGUGAAGGCACUUGGACCAGAACAUCCCUCAACUGCUUCAACAUAUAAUAACAUUGGAAACGUCUUUCAAAGUCAAGGCAAAUAUGAGGAUGCCUUGGAGCAAUACCAACGGGCGCUUGAGAUCCGAGUGAAGGCACUUGGACCAGAGCAUCCGCACACUGCUUCAACAUAUCAUAACAUCGGAACCGUCUUUCUAAAGCAAGGCAAAUAUGAGGAUGCCUUGGAGCAAUACCAACGGGCGCUUGAGAUCCGAGUGAAGGCACUUGGACCAGAACAUCCGCACACUGCUUCAACAUAUAAUAACAUGGGAAACGUCUUUCAAAGUCAAGGCAACUACGAGGACGCCUUGGAGCAAUACCAACGGGCGCUUGAGAUCCGAGUGAAGGCACUUGGACCAGAACAUCCUGACACUACAGAAACAUGUGAAAUGGUUGAAAUGAUAUCAGAAAUCAAUCGCUCAUUUUGCAUUAAGUUUUUUGUAACAAUCUUGGUGAAAGUUCAUCGAGUUGCCAUGAGCUACAAUUCCAAGGCCAAAGUUUUGCUGGCUUCCAUUGUUGGGAAGCUCUCAAGAAGAAAAUGA